AUGUUCAAGAAAUUACAAAACAAAGUUGCCCAACAAGUAACCAAUAGAGAGGCUUUUAAAUUUCAGUUUAACCUCUCUAUUGAUUACUUGAGCGACCUGAAAGAAAAGAAGAAAGAUGAAUGCACUUAUGCUAUUUCAUGGAAAAGAGGAAAGAAGAGAAAGGGUGAAACCGAUUUCCACAAAGCAGAGGGUACUCGUGUCGUAUGGAAUACAUCAUUCAAAUUUAACGGAACCCUUUACUUUAAGAAGGGCAAAUUUCAAAAGAAAGACCUUCAAAUUGCUCUUGAAGAAAAGGGGAAGAACAACAAAACUUCCACCCUUGCAAAGGAGACAUUAGAUUUGGCUCUUUUCGUCGAUGAAGAUUCGGAACAAACACAUACCAAAGAUGUGGAACUUGUCACUAAGGACAGCAAGGCCAAACUCAAGUUGGUCAUCAACUCUAAAUGCCUCAAGGAUCAAAAUCCAAACGACGAUGAUUUUACAGCAGUCAGUACCUAUACAGGACCUGGUGAAGAAGCUGCAGAUGAUGAAGGAACCAACAAUGAUGUUGACAAAGAUGAAGAUAUCGAGGAACAUGAUUACCAUGAUCAUCACUUUGACGAUGAAGAAGAUCACAAUAAGCAUGAGGACAUUGAGGAACAUGAGGAUUAUAACCUUGGUGAUGAAAAAGAUGAACACGAUGACGAGCCAGUUGCCAACGUAGAUGAAGAACUUAAAAAGAUUGAGGAGGAAGUAGGAGGUGUUGAUGAUGAAGAGGAACCUGAAGAAAAUCACAGCGAAACCAAUCAUACCGAGGAAAGAACGGACGAGUCCGCUCAUGCAAACACUUCCGAGGUCACAAAUCAAGAAAUUGCCGAGCUUGAAAAACAACUCUCCAACCAAAAGAAAAAGAUGAAAUUGCUUUUGAGACAAAUCAAAGAGUUGAAAGCGAAUGAUAAAACUAACUUGCUCAAAAAAACUCAAAGAGAAAGAGACUCGCUAUUGGAAAAACUCAAAGCAAUUCAAAAGGAAAAUGAAGAGCUCAAAAUACAACGUGACAAGGCUCAAGAAGCACAACAAGAAGUUGAUGGCAAACUGUUUGAACUUUCGCUCAAGCAAAAGCAAAGCCAAAAGAACGAGGCUGAAAUCAAAAAGCUUAAAGACAGAAUCAAGCAGCUCGAAGAAGAGAAUGAGUCUGGUCGUUCUUCCUCCUCCAAACAAAAACAAGCUCUUUCAUUUGAGUAUGAUGAAAAGAUUCAAAAUUUAGAAGACGAAAUUUCCACAUUAAGGGAGAAGACAAGAGAAUAUCAAGAAAAUAUCACCGAAGAUAAGAAACAAAUUGAAAAGUUGAAGAAAGAUAAUGAGAGAAUGCAGGAAGAAUUGAAGGCACAAAAGGUUAAUUAUGAAAGCGAACUCACCUCCAAGGAGACAAGGUAUCAGAAAGAAAUUGAUAACCUAAAACAAGAACUCUUGAAAGAGAAAGAUGAGAGAAAAACUGAGACAAACAGCCUGAAACAAGAUAUUGCAAGAUUGAAAGAGGAAAGAAAGAAUCUGGCCGAACUUGUCACACAACAGGGCAAAGAAAUUACAUUGGCAUCUAAGCAGCGCGAGCUUCUCUUAUCAUGUCUCACAGAAUUCAAAUCUCUAAAAUCAAAGGUGCAAAACACUCUCGUGAACACAGCCUCUGCUCUCGGAAAUAGCGACGAGAUUGCUACCGUUCUCAUGCAUUCAGACUCUUUCAGUGAGAUCUUAGAAAUUAUGAAAAAUGGUAAUGAAGAAAGCAUCCAAAAGGCAAAACUUCAAUUAGAAAACGAAGUGAGAGAGGAGAUUUCAGCCAUAUCAGAUGUACUUGUAACGAGACUAGCCCAACUGGAGAACCAAAACUCCAUUAUUAGAGAACAGAAUGAUUCAUUACAGGAGUCGCUUCGUAUUUCAAAACAGGAAAAGGACGAUCACACGAAAGAAAUCUCUGCUCUCCAAGAAUCAUUGAAGGAGGUCACUAACCAACAGAAUGAACUACUUCAAUCGCUCACUAAUGAAAGACAAUUACAUAAGGAAGAGAUUGACUCUUAUAUGAAGAGGUUAGCUACCCUAGAGGAAGAACUUUUAAACCUGCAAUCAGAGAAAGAACACUUAUUGAGUGGUAAAAGCUCAACACAAAACGAGAUACACAAGCUUCAGGAGUCUCUUCUUGCUAUUCAGAAAGAGAGGAAUGAUUUGAAGAAGGAAUGUGAAAGUCUUAGUACAGAGAUGACUUCCCUUCAACAAAAUAAGGAUCUUCUCGAACGUACUCUGAGCCAACAAAUUGUCAGUCUCAAGAAUCAACUCGACGAAACAAAAAAACAACAAUCGUCCAACGAAAGCGAAGCAAUUUUAGACUUGUCUUCUAAAUUGUCUGAUUCAAGAGACAAGUUACAGUUUGCUGAAAAACAAAACAUAGAGAUCACUCUCAAAGUUGAAUCCCAAGAGAAAACCAUUUCAUCUCUUCAAACACAUAUUGCCAGUCUCACAACAGAGUUAGAGGAAAUCCAAAGCAAGCAUGAUCGAAUUGCUAAAUUGGAACAGCAAAAGGACUCUGCCAUUAGAGAUUUGGAACAACAACUCUCAACUCUCAAUCAAAAAUAUCAGGAGCAACUAAAUUUGAGAGAGAAGGCUGAAGAAUCACUCAAAGAGGAGCUCAACAGCCUUAGAGAUAUGGCCACAAAGUUAAACAGUGUUCAUGAUUCGAAAUCAGCAUCAGCAACUUCUGAAAGACUUCAACAUGAGAAGAUUUCAUCAUUGGAAUUGAGAAACGAAGCGCAAAAACUAAAGAAUGUGGAAAUUGACUUGAACAAGUUAAUUGAGACAUUGAGACAAGAGAGAACGAACUUGGAUGUUCAAAUUACAGAAUUGAAAAACAACAAUGAGAUGCUUGAAAGCAAAUUAAAGGAGAAGGAACAUUUGCUCAACGAAAAGUCUGAGGAAAUUACUCAACUCUCAAAGAACUCUGCCUCAAUGGAUGACUUGGUAAAGAAGCAAAAAGUUGCUCUCGAAAAGAAGUUAGCUGAUGCUGAAAAUCAUUUGAAAGAGAAUGAAAAGCAAAUUAGUGCCCUCAAUCAAUCCUUGGAGGAAAAGAAUGGAGAAUUGAGUGCCCUCCAGAAGGAGCUUGAGACAUCUCGGGAAGAAGCCAAGUCACAAUUGCUCGAGGUUAAGAAAUUAGAGAAGCACAUACAAAUUCUUCAAGAUGAUAACGCCGAGAAGGAUAGCAGAAUUGAGCAGCUCGAGCAAGAGCUUUCUGAACUCGAGGAAAAGUUGCACAAGGCAGAAAAGUCAUGCUCAGAGAUUGAAGAAGAAUUGAUGGCCAAGGAAAAGGAGAUUAAGAGCUUGAAGAAGAACAGUGACAAGAGCAAGCAUGAUGAAGAUAAGAUCAGAGAGAAAGAUAGAAUUAUUGAAGAAUUGGAAGAAAAAUUGCAAGAACUUGAACAACAAAAGAUUGAACUCGCUCAGGUUAAGCAGGAAAGAAAGGAAUUGGAGACAGACCUUGACAAGUUGAAAGAGGAAAAUGAGGAGUUGAAUCAAAAGAUUGAACAUAUGGAUGAAAGAAACGCUGAGCUUGAGAGUAAGUUAAAGAAGAGUAAAAACACUAUUGCGGAUUUGGAAGAGAGGAUAGAAGAGUUGGAGACCCAAGCUUCCAAAUUCAACAAGCAAUUAGAGGAAAGUCAAAAGUCAAAGUCAGUUAACGAUCAAGAUGUGAAGAAGAUCAAGGAACAACUUUCUAACUUGCAAACGCUAGAAUGUGAAAGAUUCCUUGUAGAAUCAGCCAUUAUUCACAGCCAAGCAGGUGAUUUCUUGGGAAGUAGCAAAGUACCUUGCCCAGCCAAGAUACUCUUCCUGUCAGUGCUAAAAUUCUCUCCUGAAACACACAAGUAUUUCUGUACAAAUGUUAUCAAAGCGUUGUCAUAUAUUGUACAUAGAUAUGCUAGAGAUGAGGAAAUGAUGAUUUAUUGGGUAAAUUGCAUGUAUAGACUUCUCAAUUUGAUACAAAACAGUGGAAAUGAAAGUCAAGUGCAUCACUCAUUGGAGAAGAUGGAACCUGUCAAUGUGAAUGCAGCACUUUCAAGUCAAAACACUGAAACGACCACCUAUGUCGAACCACCAGAAUUCUCCUCAAGCGAAGGUGACGAAAUACUUGUGUCUGAUAUGCAAGAGUUCACGGAUGCUAUUUGUGAACAACUCUCCAUUGCAUAUCUCAACUUGUGUACUCGAAUUGUCCAGCAAUUGAAGGAGAGACUUUUGAAGGCAAUUUUCAAUCCAAAACAAGCAUCAUCGAAAUCCACUGAUGGAGGGCCAGACAUGAGAAUUUGCUGUUCCAUUCUGAACGACGUUUACCAACGCUUUGAACAACAGAAGCUCGACAAGCGAGUUACAAAUCACCUCUUUGAAAACUUGGCAUGUUGCUUGGACUCGUUGAUAUUUAACCAAUUUGUGAGAGAUAAUACUUCAGCAUCGAAAGGUUUGCAAGUGAAAAUGAGCGUUGCAUUCUUGGAAAAUUGGUUUACUGCAAAGGGAAUUGUCCAAACAUUGAGAAAGAACUUUGCUGACGACGAAGAACUUGAGGAAGAGAAGUUGCAAGUCUACUUUACGCUAUCUAGACAAGCUGCAGAUAUUUGUGUCAUUGCUCAAACUGUUUUAUUGCAAGAUGAGGACACAAGAAGAAUGGUUUGUCCAGAGUUAACUGUUCAACAAAUAGCUUUCAUUUAUUCAGUUUAUAAGGCAGACGAGUACUCGACCUCUUCCUUCUCUCAACGUGACAUUGAGGAAAUUACAGGCAAGAGGAUUCCAAACCGUGAUGCUGUGUUGUCUGUUCCUGUCAUUGAUUUCCAAACCUAUACAGACAUUUCAACCAAGAGUCCUCAUCAUGGAAAUGUUUUCAUGUUUGAUCUAGUUGAUGGUCACGGUAAAUUGAACUCUCUAGAAAUACCUAAGAGAUUUUUCCCUGCCAAGUUUGCUGAUCAACUGAGCUUCCUCAAAUAA